AUGCUCUGGCUGAGUCUUCUGACUCUUCUGAUGCCCGGGCAGACUCUGGUGACAGCCUUACCUCUCCCAGCUCCAGAGCUGUCAAAACAGCCUCAUGCUGGACCAUCUGAAGCUGACAAGGCGUUUGCAGAGGAAUAUCUGCAGCAUUUCUAUGGCUACCAGCCCAAGGCAAACAGAAAGAAAAGGACUGCAGACCCAGAUGGAGAUGCUGACUGGAAGACUGGACUGUGUGAUAAGAUCCAGACAAUGCAGCGCUUCUUUGGCUUGCCUCCAACUGGAGAACUCACCCAGGACACUCUGGCAGUUAUGAAGAGGCCCCGCUGUGGUCUGUCAGAUGUGGAGCGAUUUGGGGAGACAAUUCGCUGGAAGAAGACCACUCUCAGCUACAGGAUUGCUGGCCACAAAUUCCCUACCGCAGCUUCAAAGGUUAACAGAACCUUCAAGGCGGCUUGGAAGCUCUGGUCCAGCGUUGCACCACUGAAAUUUCGCAAGCGGAACAGGAGAGAGGCUGACAUUGUCAUUUCCUUCUACAAUGGUGACCAUAAGGAUGGCUCACCUUUUGAUGGCAAAGGUGGAAUCCUGGCUCAUGCCUUUCUGCCUGGGUCUGGUAUUGGUGGAGACGUGCACUUUGAUGCUGAUGAAGACUGGAGUUUUAAUUCCACUGGCUUCAACUUAUUUGCAGUGGCAGCCCAUGAGUUUGGCCAUGCACUCGGCCUGCCCCACUCAUCUGACCCUGGAGCCAUCAUGUACCCAGCAUACAACUUUGCCCCCAAUUAUGAGCUACAGCUCUCUUUCCGUGAUGUCAAAGACGUUCAGCACCUUUAUGGUAUUAGUCCCAACUUUCCUUCCCUACUUUUGAAAAAGCCUCCUCCAAGAACACCCGACAAGUGUGAUCCAGAUUUGUCCUUUGAUGCUGUCACAGAAUUACAACAGGAGGUCUUGUUUUUCAAAGACAGAUUCAUGUGGCGGAAACAUCCUCAGUUUGAGGAAACAGGAAUCACCCUGAUUAGCAGUUUGUGGCCAGACUCUGUACCCAGCCACUUAGAUGCUGUGUAUGAGAAUGUGGGGAGGAAUGUUAUUACAUUUUUCAAAGGUCAUCAGUACUGGGAGCUGAGGCAGUUAAAAGUGGAGGAGGGUUUUCCGAGAAACAUAUCAGACUUGGGCUUCCCCUCCAGAAUUCAAUCUAUAGAUGCUGCUCUUCACUUCAGAAAUGACCGCUACACCGUGUUCUUCACUGGCCACGAAUGUUGGAGAAUUACCACUUAA